AUGAGGGAUGAUGAAACCCUGCCUGUGUAUCUCACUAGUCUUCUCGAGUUGGUGAAUCAGAUGAAAGGUUAUGAGGAAGAAUUACCCAGAGCACGUUUGCAAACUAAGGACAUUGAAACUAUUGAGGUGCAAGAGGUUAUUGCUGCAUUAAGGGGUUUUGCACAGCUCCUUGAUAGGCAUGCUGAGAGUACCACUGAGAGAGCUUUCAGUAGUAUGAAUGUGAAUCCAAAGGGAACUCAGUCAAAUCCAAACAAGAACUGGAAAUCGAAGGGAAAGAGAUGGGAUCCUAAGCCUCCGAACUCUGUCAAUCAAGGUGGAAAAAAUGAUCAAGAGAGAAAAUUUGAUCAGGCUAAGGGAAAAUGCAAACAUUGUGAUAAACUACACUAUGGUGACUGUUGGUUUAAAGGGAAGCCAAAAUGUCAUGGUUGCAAUCGAUUUGGCCACUUCAUCAAGGACUGUGAUCAACCAAACAAGGCUGGAAAGCUUGUAAACUUUGCUAAUCAGUGUAGAGUUAAAAUGGGCACUAGAGAUUUAGUGCAGUCAAUAGGCAAAGGGCAGAUGGUUGAACAUGGAUAUUGGCUUGUGUUUAGUUAUUACAUGGUUGAUAUAUAUGGAGAUAGACAGAUGGAAGAUAUGAUUGCAAGUAUUCCAAUGAAAGGAAACAAAUGCUUUCCCUUAGGUCUAGAAUAUGUCAAUCCUCUUAUGGCUAAUAAAGCAACUGUUGAAGAGUCAUCUUGGGUGUGGCAUAGAAGAUAUGGACAUCUAAACUACAUCAGGAAGGGUCAUAGAGAACCAUUCGAUAAAGAAAAGGCUUGGAGAGCAUCACAAGCUCUAUAA